AUGGCUGAAACAAACCAAACUGCAAUUUCAGUUGUUGAACCUGAAGAUUUUGUUGAAACUGUGAAUAAAAAUGUUGUGGAUAAUCCAAUUGUCAUCCCAUCUGAAGAUGUCAUUGCUACACCACCAAAUGAUGUUGGUGCUACAGGUGUACCCAUACAUGCUGCACAAAGAUACAUCGUUGACAUCAAUGGAUUGAUUGAUACAAAAAGCAACCAUUUCACCAUAGUUGUCAAAGUGAUGACACUUUGGGAGGUUCCAGAAGUAUCCAAAAAAAACAAAGUCAAGUGUGCUAAGCACGAAUACAAAAUUGUGUUCAUGUCAAACACAAGUGUUGAAGCUGCAUUUAAUUUUGACAUCCCAGAUCAUGUGUUUGAGUUCACACCAUUGGCUGAAGUUACAAACUUUGUGGCCAACUUUGAUUAUUAUUUUGAUUUGAUAGGACACAUCAUGGCAUACAGCGAUCCAAUUGUUGAAAAUGGAAAGAAGAGGAUUUCAGUGGAGCUUGAAGAUGAAAGGGCUGACAAGCUAAAGGUUACUUUAUGGGGUGAACAUGCCGAUCAAGUCACUAAAUACAUGUCUAACAAUCCUCCGUCUCCUGUGGUUCUCAUUGUUCAAUAUGUUAAGUGCAAAAACUACUAUUCAAAAGCUUCUGUUACUACUAAUCUUUUCAAUGGGAAAAUAUAUCUUGAUGAUAUGUCAAUACCCGACAUAUCAGAGUACAAAGACAGUGACAGUAUAUACAGAAGUAGUGCCAAUGAAACGAAAGCUGAAAGUAUCCAAAAAAUUUCAAUGCUUUCACAGGGUUCUGGAUACGCAUCUUAUGAAGAAUUCAUAAAUGGAGCAAAACUUUUGUCAUUGGGUGACAUAGAUGAUCUUGAUGAGGCAGGGUAUGUUGUGAUUUUUGGUAAGAUCAUAGGCUUAGCAAAAGAGUAUGAAUGGUCAUACAUUGGUUGCAGAGAUUGCAACAAGAAGGUGGAGGAAAUUGAAAAAGACAAAGGUACCCGUAUUGUACCAUCAACAAAAGGAAGAAAUACCAGUGACAACAAGAAAUUUGGUCUUGAGAAAAAAUGGUUUUGUGGUAAUCAUGGCCCUUUGUCUGCUGUUGGUCCAAAGUUCAAGUUACAAGUGUAUGCAAUAGAUGCUACUGGCAGCAAAAUUUUGACCCUUUGGGACAGGGUGGUCUACAAUUUUAUCAAUAAGUCUGCAGAAAAACUCCGUAAACAGGCAGGAAAAGAUUACCCUAAAGUACUAGAUGAGAUUGUUGGCAAGAAAUGUCUGUUCAGGUUGGAUGUCUCUAGAUACAAUAUCAGGAAUAGUAGUAGUGAGAUUUCUAUUGCUAGGCUUACUACUGAUGCUGAAAUGAUCAAGAAGUACAUUGAUGAUGUUUCUGAAGAUCAGACUGCAGUAUCCUGCACUGGAGAUACAGAGAUAGGGAAUUUGGCCGAUGACAUGGCUGACAGUCCUCCUCCAAAAAAUAAAAGUGCAGGAAGUUGCGGUGAAGACAGUGUCAAAUCCAAUACCAACAAACGUAUUCUUAGCAGUAACUUAGCUUCAGUCCUGAGGCAUGUUGGUAAAGAGAUCAAGAUUGAUUUCCAGGGAAAUCGAUAUUUCUAUGCAAAUAUCCAUAUCACUAGGAAGAGGAGAUGUCAGUUAUACGGGUCUGCACUGGAAGCUUUUUUCCAGGAGUUUGGAAUAUCUUCCAGAUCCAAAAUUAACUUAGUUUAUCACAGAUCAUUGAAUGUGUUACAGUUAUUUCAUUUUAAUUAUGAUGGAUGUGAAAGGAUUCACCCAGAUGUCAAUGCAAGAACUGGUAACCGCUAUCUGUUGAGAUUAGAUCAUGGUACAUCCAAACAAGCUGCUAUUAAAAAAUGUUUCUUUAAUGGUAUUGAUUGGCCUUCAAAUCAAACUACAGCAAAGUGUGUUGAUGUUAAGCGCAAUCAAUGGGAGUUCAUGAUCAUGAAGGAAAAUAAUGAACCAGUAGGUUUUGAAGGCCGGAUGUGGGAGGAGUUUCAUGACUAUUAUUAUAACAGAAUAAAAUGUGUGAAUGUAAUUGUUAUUUACACUGGAAAUUUGUAUUUCUAUUUAAGGCUUUUUAACAAUGAAGGUUACUACUGCAACCUAGAUAUCGUUGAUUCAGAUACAUCUGAAGGUGAAGUUGACACACUGGACUAUCUAUGCAGCAACGGUGAUCCUAACACAUUUUCUGCAGUCACGACUGACACUGAGAUACCCUGGCAUAUAGUACGCCGAUUGAAGUUAGAUGACUACACAAAUGCUAUUUUAUACUAUGAUGGAGUUCUAGUAAUUAACAUGCAUCGAGUUGUCACUAAUGACAAUCCACAUCGGUUUGUUAUUGAAGGUGAUAUAAAGUACAUGGUGGAUUUGAAGAAAAUACCUUUAGAAAAUUUCAUAAUGGUAAAUUGUUCUGCAAAAGAAGCAAGAUUGUUCAUGAAAGAUUUAUUAAAAGCAAAAAGGUUGUCGCUUCAGUCACGCAGAAGAAAUAAGCAAACAAUGGUGAUUUCUACAGUUCACAUCAAUGAUGCUGUCACAGGUAAAGAUGCAAGAUUUACCAGGAAACAGAUUUUGAAAGGUCAGUUAGAUGAAGGAACUGUUAACAACUCAAGAUCCAACAAGAAGGAAAUAAUGGACAAAAAGAGAGGCAAACCCAUUAAAGAAAAGCAAUCUGUUAUUAUUAGAGGUGGUGUUUUUAUAUGUGAUUCAUCUCAGAUAACAAACAAUAUAUCAGUCAAUGAUACUUCACAAGUCCGUUCAAAUUACAGAUAG